UGGCGUUUCAUCGGUCGCCUGCCAUCCUCUAGAUAUUAUUAGGACCGAUGAUCGCCUUUCCUGUUCCACUAUCUCUGCUCUCCCACUACUACUCUCCCAUCGUGCUGUGCACCCCUACACAUCAAAAUGGGCAAGCCUGUCCCUCCUCCGCCCAGCUAUCGCGACGACCCUGAAGCCGUGUCGCUCCGCACCACACCAGACGACUACGCCUACACUGACCUACCAGAACCCUCUGGUCUGCCUCCCUCCUACAGCGAGAGCGAAUCCAGCAACCAUGUUCCCGCCUCAGCAAUUCCCAUCCGCCAUGUGGCACCACCCUCGACGCGAACAAACCACGACCGCCCCAGCUUCAAGUGCGGCAAGCCCUGCGUAGUCGAGACGGUCGAUGUUACGGAACCCGCCUACGACACCGACCCAGCCCAGCUCGAAGAAGCAAUCCGCGCCUACGCCAACUCGGCCCCCGUCCCCCUCGUCUACAUAAGGGGCACGCACAAAGAAACAGUUCGCAAAAACGACAACAAGAGAGAAACCCACCACGUAACAGACUUCCGCAUCGUGAUCAACCUCCAACACUACCUCCACCCCAACUUCAACCCAUCAGACACCUCCCCAAUGUCCCUCGUCACCGUCUCCAACGGCGAAAAAACCCACCGCGGCACCAUCCUCGCGCACCGCGCGCCCGGUGUAAAAAGCGACGUUGAAAUCGGCACCACACGCGCACCUUCACUAACAGAAUGGUGCCACCGCUACUGCGCCUCCCCCCGCAUGCUCCGCAUCUUCCGUCUGCGCCGCCAAAUCACGGGCUUCGAGGAAACACAGCUCAGAAACCGGAUCGUCGGGCUCCUCCGCUCGACCAACUACAGGGGAAACAUUAGCGUCACGUUUCCCGUCGAAGAAGCCAACAUCGACAUCUACACCUCGAACCGCAUCAAUACGCUCCGCUUGAAAACGUGGGUGUGCUGGCUUUUCUACCUGUCUUUUCUCUGGAUUUUCUCCUGGCCCAUGUUGUUCUUUGCGACGAGGCGGUACGCAGUUGUGCGCGCUGAGUGGCCGUUUUCAACGACGGAUGAGCGGGGUGAGAAGAGGUAUACGACGGUGAGUGAGGAGCAGUGGUUUGAGACGUGGAAGGUGGCGAUUCGGCGGUUGGCGCUGGAGCGGUUUGAGGGCGAGGCGACCGAGGACAUGAUGAGGCGGGUUAUGGCGAGGGAUGAGGAUCCGCAGAUGCCUAUGGGGGAUGCGGGUGUGGAUGGGGCGCUGAGUCUAUUGAGUGAGGGGGUGAGGGUUGUGAGGGCGAUGCAGGGGGGUCACGGGGUCGACUUGAGUUUUGGGAGGGGGAGGAGUGUGCAGGGUGGUGGGUGGGGAUACGACUGUUGAAAGCAUCUACGCCGUUUUUCUACCUUGCCAGAUUUCAUUCAAGUAUU